AUGAACACACUGCCGCAAGAACAGCUCUGGCACGAGCUGCAGCUCCUUGGCAUCCCUCAUCAAGGUUCAGACUCACAUUCAUGGAGGCUUAUUGUCCAAAGAUCUGGUGAUGAACCACUUGUUUCCCAGCGUUCCACCAACGCAUCGUCUUGGGUUCGUCUUCUCGGCGUGGUAUUAGCGUCGUUGACGGCAGCAUACCUUCUGUUGCUCUGCUUUCACUUUAUAGAAUCUGGGCAUCAGCGGACUCCGCUCACUAGAGCUCUCGCAGCUCACCGAGAUGAAUCAUGUGAAUCAGGCGACGCGCCUGCAGGUGAUGGUGAAGGUGGCGGUGAGCCAACAACGGAUUGGACACAACUUUUUGGGCGGGCACGAUUUGGGGACAGCAGCCUUUUGCCGUUUCCUCAAGCUUCUGGACUGCAAAUGUCUUUCGGAAGAGUGCAACAACGCGUAGAAGCUGACGCUGAAGCUGGAGAGGGGACUUCUAGAGGUGCUGUCGCUGUUGCUCCUACUGCGCGAAGUCCAGGCGGUGGCUUGUAUUUGUGGGAAAACAGGAACAUGCCUACUGAUUACGGAAAUCGACUACUGUGUCUCUUCGAUUCCAUGAGAGAGGCUUCGAAGUUGUGUAUCUCACUGCUGCCAGCGUUAACUUCCACGCAACGGAUGCAAGUGACGUACCAUGUAGUGAGGCUGAUCGCCUUGGAUUUGGGAGCCGCUUCGCUAGUUAGAGAGGAUAAGGAGUCUAAAAGAAACGCCGUAGGCGAUGCUCUCAUCAAUUUGAUUGAGCGUUCACUUGAACUAGGGGGCAACCAGGAAAGCAAUGAAAGAGUUCGGGGCAGGCUCAGCAAAUUGAAGGAGCUAGUGAUUGAGAUUAAAAAACCGCGGCAAAUUGGCGAAGAAAAGAGCGCUGAAAAAUAUAGGAAAAAGAUGAUAAGUAUUGUGGCAACUGCCGAGACGGUGCUAAGUAGUUGUCUCGGCGUUUUGCGUGGGCUGCUACAGCUUAAGGAAGCUACGUCGGCAAGGUCGCUUCCACCGAAAACAGUUGAGCAGCAAUUGCACGUUGUAAAGGCAGUAUACAUCGCCCACGUUGAUCAUGUGGCUAGAGACGGCUGUCUUCGACAACACAUAGUAGAGUGCCAAAAGCGAAAACGUGUGUAUGCGCUUUUAGAUCGCGAGCACUUCACUGUUUCCAAAGAAAUGAUUCUUCCACUAAAACACUUGCAGCAACAGAUAGCUGAGGCGGUUGUGAAUGCUGGCGGUCUUCUACCUUCACGACAGUCACGCACACGAGAGCAUGAUAGUGCUAGCGGCGCAUUGGAGGAACCGACUGGAGAGAGAAAGAAUCAGCCUGAGGAACAAAGUCGGCAGUCAGGCGACAUGCUACUGAGGGAGGAGUUCGUGCAAGCCGUGCACUUUACCUUUGACCCCAAAACUUCUGCAGCACAUAAAGCAGUGAAGGUAACGCAUUCGCCGCCAACCGGACUUCCACCUUGGCGACCUGACGGGGCGCCUCGACAGGCUGGACCUGUUUUGCUGCAACCCCGUACACUUAGUUUCUCCGGACGAUUUCGAAACCCUUGGCCACCGGUUGUCUCUCUGCAGGACACUCCAUCAGCGCGUUAUCUGCAUGCGGCUCAGCCGCACAUAACGGGGUACAGUCCUGUAGAGAGUUCUCCCUAUUCUCAUUCUAAUCAGAUUUCAUUCCCAAUGCUGGCUCAUCUAUCAGAAAUGCAGGGCACUCCCCGUCCUCCUCUUUUGCCAAGACCGCCUCAACCGUCAGGUGUGCAGUAUGCGGCACGUCCACGUCAUAGGGUCUCAUCACAGCAGACAUAUGCCGGUCGCAGCGCUGCAGCGCCUUGGGUUCCCCCUUCUCCGCUGCCGCGUGUGGAUGUGAGUGGACUGUCUCAGCGACUGCAGCCACCAGCGCCUCCUCAGCAAGAAGGUUAUAGUCUCUUUGGAGGUGGCGGCGUACCCCCUUGGUUGCCUUUUUCACAGGCUUCACCUGCCUCUAUAGAGAGACGCUCCCAUGCAAGUGACGGAAGGCCGCAAGAGGGAGAGGGCACCCAACGUGGUAUGAGGAAUGGUCGGGACGAAGCAGGAGAUAGCCUCUGGAGUGGCGGUAAUUGGAGCGGCCGUCAAUGA